UAUUGUUAAGCUGGCCUCAACUUUUUUUAAUCUGUGUACUGAACCCUUUUUGGCAAGUCUGUAUUUGAAUCACUUUUCUGUCUAUGAGUUGUGCUGUUGAGUCAUUUUGCCCGUGGUUUCUCCAAUUUUUACAACAAGUCACACUGUGAAGAAUGGAAGCCUCCUACCUGCACGACAAAUCUGACUACAAUGACACUCACUACAAUGACAAUUACCAACCUCCCUCCAGCGUCUUCGAAAGUGAUGGCUGGUUUGAAUUGUACAAUUUUUGCAUUAAGUAUGGGCUUCGGAAUGAUUUUGCUAAGUUAUCUGCAUGGACUGUGAUCUUGAUAGGUUUUCCUCUGACCGUGCUGGCCAUCUAUUUUCUGUAUUCACAGGUGCGAGACAACCAUGUUGCACCGGUCUAUGUCAUCAACCUUCUGAUCUCUGACCUUAUCAAGAUAUGUAGCUUGGUGAUCUGGAUGGUUGACUGGCAGCAUCUUGAAUAUAAUGCCUGGGAAUAUUAUGUUAUUGCUCUCUGUGUCUCCACAUUGAUCUUCUACAUUGGUCUGCUGGUCAGUGUUGGCUUCAUGGUGUGUGUAGCCCUAGAAAGGUAUUUAAUUGUCACCUGGCCUCUGUGGUACCGCUUCAGAUGUAGCAUCAAGUUUUCUGUGGUGGUCUCCGUCAUGGUCUGGGUCUUUGGUUUCAUUGAGUUCAUUAUAGCAUUUUUUGUCCCCUAUGCCCUCUUCAUCCUCCUCCUCCUCCCUUUCCCCUUGCUCAUCUUCUUCCUGGCUGGGACCAUCAAAGCCCUCUCUAUGGACAUUUCUGUCUCUGUUAAAGAAAAACAGCAGAUCAUAGGAACUUUAGUCCUGGUGCUGCUGCACUACACACUACUGCUCUUGCCCCGGGUCAUUUUGAUCAUGGAAAGGUCAUUUAAUGGUGAUGAAUUUACUUAUAUUUUUUUGGUUUUAUUGAUUUUUGUAGAGUUGACAGACUUUAGUCCUUUUGCAGACUUGGUUCUGUGUGUUUUCAUAAGCAAAGGGUCUACAGAGAAGCCGCUGACCUCCCUGUGUUGUUGCAGGGUAACAAGAGAGGAAGAACAGGGUCGGGUAGCCACCAUAAAUAGCUAACCACAGAAGUAGACAGAGCAUUAAUUCAUUCAUUAUCUAUACUGGACUUAGGGAGGAAUAAUAAUAAAAAAAAUAACAAUAAAUAAAUAAAAUGAUAUGAUUAUCUAAUUUGAAUUAUAUUGUUUUAUUUUGCAAGCCUUAAAUGUUCAGAGACAAAGAGACAACAUAUUUGUUUUCCAUCAAAAUAUCUGAUCUUGCAGUAGAAUAUUCAGUUGUAGUAACUGUGUAAUUUUCAUACUUAUACACUCUUUUUGCUCUUAUAUAUGUUAGACAAUAAUUGUGGUCUGGUGUAAUUCUGGAAAAGUUCAAAGUGACUUCAAAAGUAAUGUUUUUAUUUACAUUUGACCUAAACCAGGAACUUUCCCUAACCUUAAACCAAAGUGCUUUUGUAACAUAAACCACAGAUGUGACUGUGGAUGUGAACUAUGAGCUCUGGUGCACUUGCGUGUGCUGUCCACCUCAAUCACCUCCUAGUGACUCUGCUGCCAUUAAUAAAUGUAGCACUUUAUUCUUUCUAAGAAAGAACAUGUUGCUUCUGAAUAUCCAACAAGUCAUCAUGUUUCCACCACAAUAUAUUUGGGGAAACAAUUUAGUAGUAAAUGAACAUAAUUUCUACAAGACGGGGUUAGUUGCUCUUUUCACUGUGUCCUGCUGUUGUGUGGAAAAACUACUUGGAUGUGUAGAAUAAAAUUAGAUGACAGUUAUUCAUGCACAGAUGUAAAAAGAUCAUUCAUUGACUUGCUUUUUAAAAUCAAAACAAUGAGUUUGUUUGGUUGCACUGUAAAAAGAUCAGCAGCAGUUCCCCUUGUGUUGUAUUUCUGAUAUUGUGACCCUUGCAAAUG